GGGGCUGGUGGUAGAGGGAUAGCAACACACUGACUGACCCAGCCGGGUGCUGGGGACGCUGAGAGUUCCGGAGCAGUGCCCGGAGUUUUGUGGGUGGGUCACAUAGCGGUGAUAGGAUCCGGGAUAGUCCCGGAACAGAUUUUUUAACGAGCGCUGGGUGGUAGUGAGUGAUGUUUGUGAAUACCCUCCUCAUUCUGACUCUGAGGGUCAAUGGCUGGUUGUAGUCUCCCCCUCAGCAAGCUGCUACUGCUGCGGGAUUCGUGUGUUCACAGAUGAGACAAGGACCCAAGAUGUGAUGUCAAUGAACGGCAUGAAUGACAGAGUGGAUUUCGAAUCCCAUGAAUCUACAGUAUCUGGAUUAUUGACCAGUGCUGGCCAUCUGAACAGCUUUGAUAACUCCUAUGGUUCAACCCAGUUUCACAGCUCUGUCCUCUACAGAGGUAGAACGUACCAGUCAGCAUCUGAGGCCCUGGAAGCUUACAUUGACAACUUUGAAAAGAAGUCGCCGUCCACCCUGAGAGGUGAAAGCAAACUGCGUUUGGGGAGCAUUUCUAAACUGUCUCCCACUUCUGUGGACAGCAAGAAAGAGGUUUUCAGAGAGCGACAUUCCUUCAGGGAUUUGGAUUUCCCUAGCUGGCCUUUAAGGAGACGGAUAGCCAGUGACCUAGAUCUUGAGAGCCUCACCACUGAUGACCUUUUGGAAAUGCCGACAGAUGGUUCCUUACCAUUGACUCGAUCCUCUGUGCUGCAGGGUUCAACACAGACUCAACAGCGAACAGGAAGUCACUUCAACCAUAACUGUUCCUGCACAUUUACAAAAUAUGCUCCAAAGGUCUCCCCCUGUUAUUCUGAGGCUUGGCACCACAAGAGAGAUGACAGCUUUGAAUUAUUCUGUGGGAAAGACAGUUAUUUCCCAUUAAACCAAACUACUGGCCUUAAACGAUCUCAAUUCUCGCAGCUAGGAAUGGUGCCACAAGACAAAAAUAAAUACUUGAUUUCUUCCAUUCCUCCAACCCUUCCUGUGGAUGACUGCAGAAUUGGAAAGCAUUACCUCCCCUCUGUUUCUCAGCAUAAUUAUCCCAGAUGGUUAACCAGCCAAAAAUCCGAGCUUGGUGUCUCUGGAAUAAGUAGCAUUCCUGAACUGAAAUACCCUGGCUGGGUUUUAGACUGUGACUUGGGCUCAGACUCAUGUGAGCACGAAACACUGAAUGAGAGAGAGUAUCUGUUAUCAACUGGCUUUAAGAUCAGAUGCUCCAACUCCAGACUUCACUGUGGCUCUGCCAUAAGCACACCAAAGCAUAAACAUUUUGCCAUUUAUUCCGGAAGGGACCAAACAUUUCAUAAACACACAGGACGUGACCUUUUAAGAAGAGCACCUGCACUGGGCAAACCAAACACCAUGUGUACUUCACAAGGAGUAGAAGGUUCUGACUACAGUAAACCAUUCAGAGGCGAGCAUAUUGACUUACUAAUCCAGAAGGCUGAACGUGUCCAUGAGGUUCUCUCGCAGCAGGCCAGCAACCCACAGCAGAACCAAGGCAGUCCUGGUACUGAAGAUGUGUUGGAAGCUGAGCGAUCCUGGGAAAAUCCACCAGUUACGUUUAAAUCACCAGUGCCUGUGGGCAGCAGUGGAGAAGAUUUCUUCGAAGCUUCCAACCCUGCUGUGACUGAAGAUGUGUAUGAGGAUCUUUUCAAUUCUGGCCAUCAGCGGAACCAUUCUGGUUCAUCAGGAAUUUCAGGAGGAAAGCAUCAUGGUCCAGUUGAAGCACUGAAGCAGAUGCUUUUCAGCUUACAAACAGUGCAGCAGAGUUUUGAUGAUGAUGAUGCAGAAGAAAACAAAGAAAUUAGAAAGAUACCUGAAAAUAUGAUAUCUCAGACACUGGGCUUGGAUUUUGAGGAAGCUCCUGGAAACAGAUCAUUACAGAGGGCAUUGAACCACUUGAAACACCUGAAGGAUCUUGUUGAUGAUAUUGGUGCCAAGAUGGAAAAGGAAGCAUAGAGGCAGCAACGCAAAUGAUGAACAAUUGGGGAGACUAUUUCUAAAAAGCUUGUGCAAUUAAAUUAAUUUUUUUAAAAGUUUACUUGAGAUGUGCAUUAUCAUAAUGCGCUCACAUGUUGGUAAAGAUUUGAAUUACUGACCACAGUCACAUUUCCUUCCAAUGGCAGAAUAUAAACAAUUGCAUUUAUGAACCAUAGUUGAGUCAGUUGCAUUUGUUUGUGGUUUAGGCAAAGGCAAGUCUGUGUUGUUGGGCCACCAAUUAGCUAUGAUCUUUUUGCAUGUUAAAAUGUCUGUAGGAGCUAAGUGGCCUAAUUCUGUUCAUACCGAACGCUGCACUAUCAAUACUUGUUACCCUUCAAUUGAGAUAUUGAAUGGAAAAUCCCUCUUUUUGUUCUCAUGGUUGAAGUGGAGUAAAAGUCCCAUGAUAUUAGUUCAAGUUAGUCCUUUCUCCACCAUGAAACCGAUGACUUGGCCAGUAAUCUUGCUGUGUCCUCAUAAGAUGAAGGGGAAAGUCAACAAGACAAUCAUGCAGCUAUUCAGGAUCCUGUCAUUCACACUUCCUGUUGUGUUUUGUUACUUGUCCUAUUACUUUCUCCUCAUCCUUUUUACCGCUUAAUCUGUUUUGCCGUCCACAAUAUCACAGACGUCCCCUUAUUUAUUUUUACCUCCUUUCCACUCUUUGCCUGUCUCUGUAUUUCAUCUCAGUAAGGAGGAAAGGUUCUGAGAGAGGGAUAAAUCAACCGUGGAUAAACAAGAGAGUUAAGGAGGAUAUUAAAUUGAAAGAAAAAAAAAACAUGUAAGCAGGCAAAAGCUGGUGGUAGCCCCAAAGAC